AAAGAAACUUUUAUUUAUUUUUUUCAGGCUCGUUCUUCUUCGUCAAGUCUAUUUCUCGGGUCUGUCUCUUUUCUUUCAUUGAUCUUCAUCUUUAUCGGUGUUUUAGGUUUUCCUUUUUUUCUUUUUCGUUUCUAUCUCUUUGCCUCCUCAUCUCUGUCUCUCACUUUUCUUUCGUUUAAUUCUAUGCGCUGUGUGUGAGAGCUAUGAAUACAGAAUCCAAAGGAAGAGGAUGGUAUGGUAAAAUCUACCGCAAGCUUGAAACCAUUCUUGUGGAGGUGGACAGUUUAGCUGCUCAGGGUAAGGUUUCUUUGAGUUCAAGUGAUCCUCCAGGAUUGGAUUCUCUAAGGGAUGAUGAACCAGAGAAACUUACAGAGGAGGGUGAUUGUAAUCAGAAAGCAACCGCUUCCCUUUGCGGCAACAACGAUCCAAAGUCUUCUCAAGCAUGUAAUGAUGAUGCUUUUGUAUCUUCCUCUGGGAAUUGUACGGGUGAUUCAAAUCUAAUCCCGCUUGCUACAGAGACUCAAGCUGGUCCUGGUCAUGAUAAAGUUGCAAACAUGAGAUCCUUUAGCAGCAACUCUAUGAUGGUUAAUCAAGAUGAGUUCUUCAUUGAAGACUUCGAUGAGGCUCCAUUGGAUACUAUUGAUUUGUACGACAUGACAUUUCGAGAAGACCCUUCAGAUUUUGACGACAACUUGCUGUAUGCAACUCGUGACAGGAGCAGGCAGCACAGAUCAUUCAAGGGAAAGAUAAUGGAUGCUCUAAAUUCGAAAAGAAGAAGAGAGAAGGAAUAUGAGCAGCUUGCAAUAUGGUUCGGAGAUGCAGAAAUGGGCUGUGAUGCGAUGAACACUAAGAAACAUGAGACAACAUCUCUAAACCCCAAAAGCUCAGAGUCAAACGUGCCAUUUGCAUCAGAAGAUUCUGAGUGGGAGCUAUUGUAAUGAUAAGAUUGUGACCCCAUCUAUGCAUGUUUAACUGUUAUAUUUUUUGUGAGGCUCAUGUGAUGAUUUGAACAAUAUAUAAUAUAUAUACUAAGAUCAAAUCUGAUUCUAAUAUGGGAAAAUCAAAUUUUUGCUCUUACCAUUUCUAGUUUCUUUUUACUUCUCUAAGCAGUAGGAUUGUUUCAGUUAAGAAGCAAUCAAGUUUUUUAGAUCAAUGAUAAGAGACGAUUACAUCUAAAGCUUGUUCAUUUUUCUGUACAGUAACAAAAAACCUACUACAGAAAACAAUCCAUACCGGCAAAAGUCAUCCACUUAGAAAUAUAUCUAAGUGUGCUAGUGAAAGAGAUGGGCAACAACAUGACAGCACUGACUCUAAAGCUAAACACUUUUUAAACUUCUCAGCCCUAGUUACCCGUAUCUGAUCCACGUCCUGAGGAGCUGUCACUGUCAGAAUCUGCAAAUCAAUUUUAAAAAACCGAUGUGACUAUGUGAGUCAAGAUGCUGAUAAAAGGUGAAAGAGCUGACACAGAGUUUCAGCACUUACCACUAGAGCCAGACCCUGUGUCACUGCUAGAACUAUUAGAACUACUUGAUCCACCUGCGUUAUUUUCUUGCCGACCAGGAGAUGACAUGCGAAUUGCUUUUCCUG